ACAUCAAAAGAAGAAGAAGACAUUGGUUUGUCAACACCAGAAGAAGAGUUCUUGAAAACAAUGAACCCUGACGCGGUGUUGAACAAGCAGCUUGCUUUUCGAGUUGUGUGCGCGUUGAUUUGCAGCGAUAAACAGAAACAGAAACAGAAAAAUAAAAAGAAGCGAAUAUGGAAGAGAGAAUGUCCGGGACGUCGCGAGCAGCCUGGGCUGUCUGUUCUGCAGAGAGAGUUGGAGAUGGUUCAGGUGUGUUUGAUCAGGGUCUACUCUGCAGGAAGCUAGAUCUCCAGGAACAGGGUUGGGCACCCCUGUCUUAAAAUGACCGAUGAGGAUGGGUUUGGGGAGCUGCUGAGGAUGACAGCAGAGGAGUUUGAGUUUCUGCUGCAGAUGGUCGGACCCCUCAUUACAAAGCAGCACACAAAAAUGAGACGGGCGAUAUCUUCAAGAGAUCGCCUAUCUGUGACCUUGCGGUUUUUGGCAACAGGCAAAACAUUCAGUUCCCUCAGUGCACUGUACAGGAUUGGGGCCAGCACUAUUUCAAAGAUAGUUAUGGAGACCUGUGGUGCUCUAUACCAGCUUAUGAAAACAGACUUCCUGAAGACCCCGUCAACAGAGACAGAAUGGCGGGAAAUAGCCCAGGACUUUGAAUCGAAAUGGCAAUUUCCACAUUGCCUAGGUGCACUUGGAGGAAAACAGAUUUAUAUACAGCCUCCAGUAAAAAGUGGCUGCCUUGACAAUAACAACAAGGGCAGGGUAUAUGUGACAAUAAUGGCUGCUUUGGAUGCAAACCACAAGUUCAUUUAUGCCAGUUUGGAAACCCAAGAGAAGGUCUCUGAUGCUGGACUGUUCGCUCACUCGGACUUGUGUAAAGCGAUGGAUCAGGGUCUGCUGAAUUUUCCUCCACCUGAACCAUUGCCCAACAGUGACAUAACAAUGCCGUACAUGUUUGUGGGUGAUGAGACGCAUCCUUUAAGGCCUGAUCUCAUGACGCCAUAUCCAAAUCAAGAGAUGGACCACAGUCAGGGCGUACUAAACUAUCGUCUUUCAAGGGCACGCAGAGUUGCAGAAAAUGCAUUCAGCAUUCUAGCAAGCAGGUUAAGGGUUUUCAGGAACACCAUAUUCUUGGAGCCUGACAAAGUGGAGAAGAUCACUAUGGCCUCUCUAUGCAUCCAUAACUUCCUCUGCGAGCGCAGGUCUGAGGCAUAUACACGUCCAGCAUUUGCAGAUUUGAAGAAUGGGGACCACAGCACAGCUGAAGGAACCUGGAGGAAUCCAGGGCACGGGACUUGUCAGCUGCUUGAGCAAACAGAGGAACACAAUGCAUUAGCUAUGGCAGAAGUGCAACGAAAUCUUCUGCGUGAUUAUUUUGUCUUGCCGGCAGGUUGCAUUCCUUCACCAGAGGAACACAUUUAGUAUUAUAAGAAUGUUGGACUAGUAUUUUUGUAUUGGAGAACACUCAAAUGUCAAAUGCAUUUUUUAGUACUCUUCACAAUACGCAUAGUUUCUAAGCAGCUUUACAGAAAAAUAUUUUGUGUGAGGGAGAGAUUCUGACAGAAUGCCUCUAUGCUAUUUAAAAAAAAUAAUAAUAAUUUUUAAGUGCAUUUACAGAACUGUGGUUCUGUUGUGGUACUUUUAGUACAGAAUGUUAUGUAGAUAUUAUACAUGGUUCCUACAGGUUUUGGAAAAAUAUGGAAUUUGAAUAAAGUAAUUUCCAGUUCUGGAAAAGUAUGGGAAAAAGAAAGCAGAGUAUAUAUAUAUAUAUAAAAUAAAAAAAUUAUAAUAAAUUUAUUAUACAAGAAGUAGCAGCUGUUUAGUGAUUCUUUCGUGGUGAAAUGCACUUUGCACUUUCAUUUCGCAUUUUUGGUUUCUUCUCACAAUAUUAUUAGCGCCAUACUACAUAGUCUCAAGGACCUUUGUAAAAAUAAAAAAAUAUACAGACUUUUGUCAAGACAAGUCACCUUUAUUUAUAUAGUGCUUUUAAUAAAACAGAUUGAGUCAAAGCUACUGUGUGUCAAUAAUGGAAAAUGACAAUUAAAGGCGGUUCAUCAUUGAA